AUGGUUUCUGCUACAGCUGAUGGCAGCAGCAGCAGUCGUGGCCAUUUCAAGAAGCUGUACGUGAAAAAUGUUAUGAAUCAAUUGAGGAAAUACAAGAUUGGCAAGAUUGACCUCAACGAGUUGGAGGAGAGAAGUUCGGUCCCAAGGGGCGACCUGUUGCACGUGGUGGACCUGGAUGGUGAUGAGCUGAGGACUGCGGUGGAGGAAAUGCUAGUGGUAGUGAAUGAACGGAAUCGAUCAGCAAGGCGAGCGCACAAUAGACUCGCCCAUGAUGCUGAGGUUGGUCACAUUCUUGAUUAUGGGGAAAAUCUGUUGGCCACGAGAGUGUCGGUGAAGCGGGUGGAGGAGUCGGAACGGGCGCCGAUCGAGUGGAAGUGUCUGCCGAAGCAUCUCAUACCAGAAAUGAUGAAUAUCAGUUUAUAUUACCACCUUAAAAGGGGCGACUACGAGGGUGCAGCUCUACGUAUUAAUCAUGGUAGGAGGAAGAGGGCACAAAUAGAGCACAUGGUAUCAUUGCUGAGGUCUCGGGUUCGAUUCCCGGGUCCGGAAGGUCCCCGAGUUAAGAUAGUGGACCUUGGUGGUGGUCGUGGUGAUCUGGCUCUCACCCUAGCCCAUGUAUUCCCCUCCUCUGACGUUACCGUCCUUGACAUCAAGGAGAUAUCAGUAAAGCAAGCUGUGUAUAGGGCUGAUGAGCUUGGUCUCUCUGAUCGGGUCCACGGUAGGGUAUGCGACCUCGCCAAAUACGACGUCUCGACCCUCGGCUUUGACGUGGCAGUGGGGCUCCACUGUUGCGCUGGCCUCUCUGAUGUGGCCAUUGAUUUAUGUGAGAGGAAUGCCCGGCAUAGACCUACGACUCUGAUCGCCUGUACGUGUUGCUUUGGCAAGCUGAAGCAGUGGUUUCACAAUGGUUACCGCUACCCUCGUACACCAACUGUGGACAUCCCUCAAGACCAAUACGAGACGCUUUGUCAGACUGCCGAGGACGACAGGCGUGGUGCUAUAAGUCGCCGUUCUAAGAUCUUCAUCAACUCUGACCGCAUCAAUGCCGCUGUUGAGAGAGCAUUUAGUGACAAAUCUGGACCUGAACUCGUCUCUGCAGAGAUCCUCGAGCUGCCUCCUGUACAUAGUCUCAAGAACGAAGUUAUUGUUAUGACCUGGGCUCCCCACCGGCCCUCUUCUGGUGGUUGA